AUGGCUUCCAGAUUAGAGUACGAUCUCUGCUGUUCUGUCUGCCACGACAUCUUUAAAGAUCCUGUCGUCCUGUCAUGCAGCCACAGCUUCUGUAAAGACUGUCUGCAGAGCUGGUGGACAGAGAAACAAACCAGAGAGUGUCCAGUUUGUAAGAGAACAUCUAAGGGUCGUCCACGUUGUAACCUGGUGUUAAAGAACCUGUGUGGGAGUUUCUUACAGGAGAGAGAUCAGAGAGCUUCAGAGCCUCUCUGCAGUCUGCACUCUGAGAAACUCAAACUCUUCUGUCUGGACCAUCAGCAGCCAGUGUGUCUCGUCUGCAGAGACUCACAAAAACACACCAACCACAGAUUCAGACCCAUCGAUGAAGCUGCACAACAACACAAGAAGGAACUUCAGGAAACUCUGGAGCCUUUAAAGAAGAAGUUAAAGGUUUUUAAAGAAGUUAAAGUGAAGUUUGAUGACACAGCAGAACACAUUCAGGUCCAAGCCCGACGCACAGAGACGCAGAUUAAGGAGCAGUUUAAGAAGCUUCACCAGUUUCUAGAAGAGGAAGAGGAGGCCAGGAUGGCUGCACUGAGGGAGGAAGAGGAGCAGAAGAGUCAGAUGAUGAAGGAGAAGAUGGAGGCUCUGAGCAGAGAGAUAGCAGCUCUUUCAGACAUAGUCAGAGCCACAGAGGACCAGCUGAGAGCUGAACACGUCUCAUUCCUGCACAACUACAAGGCUGCAGUGGAAAGAGUCCAGCAGCGCCCCCUGCUGGAGGAUCCACAGCUGCCCUCAGGAGCUCUGAUAGACCAGGCCAAACACCUGGGCAACCUGGCCUUCAACAUCUGGAACAAGAUGAAGGACAUGGUCUCCUACAGUCCUAUUGUUCUGGACCCAAACACUGCUGGUCCAGAACUCAUCCUGUCUGAAGAUCUGACCAGUCUGAGAGUAGGAAAGAUCCAGCAGCUUCCUGAUAAUCCAGAGAGGUUUGAUGAUCCCUCUGUUCUGGGCUCUGAGGGCUUUAACUCAGGGACUCACAGCUGGGAGGUCGAGGUUGGAGACAAUACAUGGUGGUAUCUGGGUGUGUUAGCAGAGUCUGCCCUGAGGGAAGAAGACAAAUUGUCUGGAUUAUGGAGUAUAGAGUUCCGUCUACAUGAAUGCUUAUCAUGGUCACCAUCAGAUAGAAACACUCCUCUCGUAGUGCAGGAGAAGCCUCAGAGGAUCAGAGUGAAUCUGGACUGGAACAGAGGAAAGCUGUCGUUCUCUGAUGCUGACACUAACACACACAUACACACCUUCACACACACUUUCACUGAGAGGAUGUUUCCACAUUUUUACACUGGGGAUUGGAACUAUCGCCCACUGCAGGUUUUACCAGUGAAGGUCUCUGUGGCUGCAGGACAACAGAAAUAGACAACAUGUGACUAUGUUGUCCCCGUGAUGUUUUCUUCUCCGUCAGUGUGAGGAAAUGAUGUCAUGAUGAUGUCAUGAUGAUGUAACAUCAGAUCAAAGAGCUGUCAAUCACUCUGUGACUGGCAGGCGUCUCUGUAGUUUCCUGUUUGAUUAUUGAUCAAAUCUUUAAAGUUAAUUAUCUGUAAAACUUAAUUCACACUGAUUGUUUUUUUUCUUUUAUUGGUGUUUAAGAAUGUUUGAGAGGUUUUCUGUGACAUCAUCUGUUUAUUGUAACUCAAAAAUCGCAAAAUCAAGAAAAGAAGUUAUUAUCCAGAAAAUGUACUUCUUUUUUGCGAGGCUAAUCCCCUC